UUAUUUCUACAAUAAAUAUAGCAUUGCUAUUAAUAAAUUAAAGGUGUGCGAAUAAUAUUCAGAUCGAAUCGAAACAACUAUUUGAUUUAAAAUUAAAAAAUUCCUCGAUUCAAAUCGACAGGAUUCUGAUCAACUUUCAAAGUUUGCGCACCUCAAGCGCAUUGGCACCCGACUAUUUUUGAGUACCUUACUCAGUUUUAAUCUUCUCUACACGUUUUAAAGUUACAGAGUGAAAACUAAUUGGAUGACCGCCGUAGAGAGUCGAAUAUUGAGCAACCAUGGCUGUAAAGUUGACAAUGAGCUUGAUUCCAAUGAUAAAAAUGAUGAUAUUCAAAUACCAAGAGAAUUUCACGUGCAAAAAUAUGACACCAAAGAUGGAAUAGUCGUGGAAUUGUGUGAAUUUCUACCACGGCGACAAAUUGGAAUUUAUUAUAAGGCGGGUAUGUUAGUAGUGACUCAACGCAAGAUGCCCAACGAGCCGAGGUCGAUAAAUAAAAAUUAUAAAGAACAUGAUUUGCAAAAGCGUGUACCUGAUCACACGAUGAUUGUACUGAAUCCAUCGGAAAUAAAUCCAUCUAAGCCUUUGGCAAUAUAUCAUGGUAAUAAAUAUAUUUAUGUUUAUCAAGGUAACCAACCUGAAAGUGAAACAAAUAUCAGCGCUGACGAUUCUGAAGAAGAGAAAGACGACAAAUUUUAUGAACCUGACCUUUACCUGAGCAUAGGAAAUGAUUAUGACAUAUGUAUUAAUAAAACAGAUUUUAAAUUAUAUAAACUCGUACAGAUAUACUAUCGUGAGAAUAAAUUAUUUAUAUCCCAACGUAAUACGCCGAAUAAUAAUAAUUCUAAUGAUGAGACUAUAGCAGCUGGCUUGCGAUAUGUUGGGUCUGAUAAAACUAAAAUUUUUCUUGAUCCGAAGAAAAUAGAUCCUAAGAAAGAAGUUUGUAUGCAGCAUGGUGAUAAUUCUAUUUAUAUUUAUCAAGAUAGAAAACCUGAUUUAAGUUUACGUGAAAACAAACCUGAUGAUAUUAAAUAUUUGCCCGAAGGUUUUAGCCCCAAUGUCGGGGAGAGAAAACCUAUGGCUGAAAUCACUAAAAUAAUGCCUGAACCUGAUGAGGAAAAAUCUGAAUCUGUAAUAGACAUUACUUUUGAUUCUGGAGAAACGCUUAGCAUAUUUCCAUUUGAAUUUGAUGAUAAAAAGCUACUUUUUAUAUUAUUUGAAAAUAAUAUGAUGAAAGUUACACAAAUAGGCGCACCUAGAGAAUAUUAUGAAUCUGAAGAGAAUGUUGAAGAAUUAAGUAUAAUAACAUCUGAUGAAAAUAAAUUAAUAGUACAUCCUACUGCAUUGUUUCCACGAGCUCAACUAAAAAUACGACAUGAAAAUGGCAAAAUAUAUCUUUGGAUUGGGACUGAUGAGUUACCAAAUGUUAAUAUAGAUCGACCUGAUAUUAUUCAGGCUGUGGAACGAGAAAGUGUUAUUUGGGAUCUUAACAAUUACAUUAUCAUAGAUAACAUUAUCGAAAAUGGAAAAGUAUUUGUUUUACUACCUGGAAUAUUCAACGAAUCUAAUUUAGUUUCGAUAGCACUUGAUAACAGUAGUAACUUAAAAAUAACACAAAUUGGUACACCUCAAGAAACAUUAGACAGGCCGGAAAAAUAUAAAAAUUUUAAAAUAAAGACAUCAGAUAGAAAUAAAUUGUUACUACACCCGAAAAAAGUUCAUCCGUAUAGAUACAUUCAUAUAAAACAUGAAAAUGGAUCAAUAUAUGUUUCGUGCGGUAAUCCCGAAAUACCAUUCGUUAAUACUGAUGUAUCUGGGAUUAUUGAAAUUAUUGAACCAAAUCCAAUAGUAGAUACUGGACGUUGGUGGCCUGGUCCUAGUAACAAGUUACCUCAACCUGAAAUUAUUAAGACAGUGUUGGAACAUAGAGGACCUAUGCCUGAUCACCAACAACCUGUCCACAAUAACGAUUCAUCGAUACCUGAAUCUAAGCUGUCAGUGCCUGAAUAUACGGGAUCUGAACCUAGUUACACGUCGUCUAAUUCUUAUGAUGAAAAACCAAAACCCGAUCACAAACCAAGUAAACCUAAUGCCUCAACAAUACAAGAUAUCAAUAAAUCCUUUGAUGAUUCAUUGCCUGUAGUACUCGCUCCAAAUAUGUUUAAUCCUAAUAAAUUGGUUGUAGUUUCCCAUAAAAAACAUAGAAUAAAUGUCUAUCAAAUUGAUCGAGACGAAGACGAUGAUGAAGAUGACAAUGAGGAUAAUUCAGGCUACAUCGACUUACAUUACCAGAUAACCAAUAAAUGGACAGCAUCAUUUGAUCCUCGUAAAAUAAAUCCCAACAAAAUGAUUGUCAUUUACUACAUCAAUAAGACAACUUAUGUAAAUACUGCAGAGGGGGUAAAAAAUUACUUUUUAGUUUAAAUUGUAAUUGAGAAAUCGUUAUUCUGGGCAAAAUAAAUUCUAAUUCAUUGAGUA